GUUACAUUAAGCCUUUUUGCUCUAUUCUUCCACUUUUGCUGCGUUUUUGUUGAUUUUAUUUCUGCAAUGAGCCACGUUCCCCAAGUGGCCCCUGCGUCAUACUUUGGACAUCCAUGCGUGUUUUGCUAGGAAGGCGAGUGUGUCCAAGCUCUACCUUCUCUCCGUAUUCACCUCGCCUUAAUGUCACCCGGGACAGGCUGCAGUUCACCUGAGACCCUCAUGAGAACCGGCGCUAUAGAAAAUGCAUGGAUUGACGUGAACAAUGCGAGGAGAGUUGGGUGAAGCCCUAUAGUCCUAUACUGUCGUUGACAGAAAAAGUAUUGUCUGGACUUUCAGGGCGUGGCCAGUUUUCCUUUUAUAACUCCACUUGGGAUUAAAUAGCUGCGUUGCACCGCAUGAAGACUCAGACUGCACCCGACGAUCUUUGUCGCCAUGUUUCUUGCAGGACUUGUUGUCUUUCUGCUGGCUCUCACAGCUGAGGCUGAAGUUGGAGACUCCUCUAAGGUGUCAUUCUGUUCCGAGACUGAGCAAUGUCUGCUUUUCGACCUCAUCUGUGAGACUGAAUACUUUGAGGUCCGCCACUACAAGGGUGUGAAGUGGGUGACCGUUACAGAGACGUCCUACAUCAUGGAAUUUGCAGCUAUGAAAGCAUUCAAGCAGCUGUACAAAUACAUCAACGGUGAAAAUGAGAACGGACAAAAGAUUGAAAUGACCUCACCCGUUAUUGUCAAGAUAGUUGACAAGAAGUUUUGGGAAAUGGGAAUUUAUACGGUGAGCUUCCUGCUGCCCAAGGAACAUCAGUCCAACCCUCCCAAACCUGCAAAUACCAACGUGCGCUUCUAUGACUCGGAAGAUACAUAUAUGUACGUGAGCAGCUAUGGAGGCUUGAUGAGCUCCAUAAGUGACAAGAAAGAAGCUUCAAAACUGAUGAAGGCCCUUAAGUCAUAUUACGCGUCCUUUAAAAAGGACUGCCACUACGGUGCUGCGUAUAAUGGUCCCAUGACACUGUGGAACAGGCACAACGAAGUGUGGUUUGUCGCAGAGGGGGAUCCGGUGUGUUCCAGCAGUGAGGAAAUGGAGACUCCUUACUAAACCUGAAAGGACGGCGAUGACGUCCAGCUGACAUCAUCACACAGCAACACAAGAAAAGACGUGCUGUCGCUUUAAGGCAUCGCACAUUAACACGAGACAAGCACUACAUUUGAAAUGAAAGUUACUAACAAUUGAUCUGCCCCAGUUAUUCAAUAAAGUACUACGAGU